CAGAGUGAGCCAAUAAAAAGGGACAUCUAUUCGCUCAUUUCAAUGCCUUUUUAGAAUAACUCACAACUCUCCUCCUCCACUAAUCUCUCCGGUCGCCGCUUUCUCCUCCUUUAGCCCUCAGCCAAAGGCGGAGAAAUUUCCGUGAAUCACCACCGCCCAAUCAGACAAAGUCAAAAUGGUUGAUCAGACUCGAUAUCCAAGUAUCAUGCAGAAGUUGGGUAGUCAGCACCUUUACUCCCAGGAUGAUGUUGCUUUCCAAAAGCCUGCUCUUUAUCAAAGGCGGGCAUAUGGAAACUACUCCAAUGCUGCUUUCCAAUACCCAAUGGGUCGUGCCGAUUUGUCCUUUGUACCAUCUGCAUCAUCUGUUUGUGUUCAGGCCCCAUCUGAAAAAGGUCUUGCUGGCUUUGCUAUUGAUUUCCUCAUGGGUGGUGUCUCUGCUGCUGUAUCUAAAACAGCUGCUGCUCCAAUUGAGCGUAUUAAGCUCCUCAUUCAAAACCAGGAUGAGAUGAUUAAAACUGGAAGACUCUCUGAACCCUACAAGGGCAUUGGUGAUUGUUUUACAAGAACAAUGAAAGAUGAAGGAGUUGUUGCAUUGUGGAGGGGGAACACUGCCAAUGUCAUCCGUUACUUCCCAACUCAGGCCUUGAACUUUGCGUUUAAAGAUUACUUCAAGAGUCUCUUUAACUUUAAGAAAGACAGGGAUGGUUACUGGAAAUGGUUUGCUGGUAACUUGGCAUCUGGUGGUGCUGCUGGUGCUUCUUCUCUUCUCUUUGUCUAUUCCCUCGACUAUGCUAGAACCCGUCUGGCCAAUGAUUCCAAAGCUGCAAAGAAGGGAGGUGAGAGGCAAUUUAAUGGACUUGUUGAUGUCUACAGAAAGACAUUAGCAUCUGAUGGUAUUGCUGGGCUUUACCGUGGAUUUAACAUCUCAUGUGUUGGAAUCAUUGUCUACCGUGGUCUGUACUUUGGAAUGUACGACUCUUUGAAGCCUGUUUUGCUUACUGGAGAUUUGCAGGAUAGUUUCUUUGCUAGCUUUGCCCUUGGUUGGCUCAUCACAAAUGGUGCUGGUCUUGCAUCCUACCCCAUUGAUACUGUUCGUAGAAGAAUGAUGAUGACCUCCGGUGAAGCUGUCAAGUACAAGAGUUCACUUGAUGCCUUCUCUCAGAUCUUGAAGAAUGAGGGUGCCAAGUCUCUCUUCAAGGGUGCAGGAGCAAACAUUCUCCGUGCCAUUGCCGGUGCUGGUGUGCUUGCUGGUUACGACAAGUUGCAGCUGAUUGUCUUGGGAAAGAAGUUCGGAUCAGGCGGUGCUUAAGCGGGCUAAAACUCCGUAUGUUGUCUCAUUUAGUAGCUUUAGAUGGUGAUGAAAAUCUUUGACUUCUGAGAAUUUAGCAUGGCGAAAUUUUCUCUUCAAAUAAUUCAUUUUGUAGGCGGGAAGUUGCUCCCGGAACCCCAAACACAAUUCCGAUGGAAUUUUUGAUUUCAUAAACGUAAUUUAUAUUAGUUGUGGCCAACGCCACUACUGCUUUUUGAUGUUAAA